AGAAAAUGGCCGAAUGGUGUGCCGAUCAUUUGCGCAAUUGCGAAGGCUGGAAGUCGGCUGGUCUGGAACUAUCAACUACGAGUGAUGAGAAUGCGAAAUGGUUGGAUGCCUGCAUUCGACAGCUUGUUUCCUGGUCGGAUUGCACCAGUUUAGGCGGAUUUGAUGCUUCGGCAGAGAAACUUGCAUCUUCGGAUCCUGAAGCAAUUAUGGCCCGAACUUUUCUCAUUGGUAUUACCGGGAUCUUUGGUGUAGCCAAUGCUCGAAAUGUGGAGUUUAUUGAGAAAAUGAAUCAACUAGAAAUUGACGCUGAAAAGUAUGGAAACGCCCGAGAAAAGCGACAUGCCAAAUCAGCGAUUUUGUGGGGAAGAGGAAAGCAUCACGAAGCAGCCAUCGAGUGGGACAAGCUACUAGAUGAUUACCCAACAGAUUUGAUCGCUGUCAAUUUUUCACACAGAGCUCAUUUCAACAAUGGGAAUCUGAUUGGGAAGAAGAACGCAAUUGAGAAGGUUAUCGACAAAUGGAAUGCAGAUUUACCAUGCUAUAGCUACCUCCACGGUAUGUAUGCAUUUGGUCUGGAAGAAUGCGGAAUUUACGGUGAUGCUGAAAAACAAGCAGAUCGGGCCCUACAACUGAAUCGAUUUGAUUGCUGGGCCUCACACGCAAAAGCUCACGUCCUCGAGAUGAACGGGCGGCACAAAGAGGGAAAAGAGUUUAUGUACAAGACGGAAGAUGAUUGGAGGCAAGGCUGGAUGCUAGCCGCCCACAACUACUGGCACACAGCUCUCUUUCACAUCGAAUCCGCGGAAUAUGAGCCAGCGCUAGAGAUUUUCGAUCGAGAAAUUGUGAAACGAUCUAGCAAGGUUGAUGGUAGCUCACUGCUAUGGAGAUUGGAACUAGAAGGUGUCAAUGUUGGAAGGGAUCGGUGGGAGAAGAUAGAAAACCUCUCCAAAUUCAUCGGUGAUCACUCUUCUGUUAGUAAUGAUGUACAAAUAGGAAUUGCAACUUAUAUGCAAGAGGAUUUGGAGACAGAGAAGAAAUUGAGAGAUUCGUUGGUGAAGUAUUCAGAGCUUCUCACCGAGGACAACGCGCAAAUUAGCAAGACCACCGGUGUGCCGCUCUACGACGGAAUGCUCAACUUUGCUCGUCGCGACUACGACACAGCAGCCGAUACUAUGUACCCAAUCAGGGACAAAAUCGUCCAGAUCGGUGGAUCUAAUUCUCAGCGGGAUCUUUUUGUGCAGACACUGAUACAGUCUUGCAUUUUGAGCAAGGAUCCCAAAAAUUGGGGAUUGACACCUGAGCUGCUGGCGGAGAGGAAUGCCUUGCAUCAUAACUCGUUGGUGGGACUGCGACUUGCUGAUAAGUUUAGAAAUUUGCAUCCGUUGUAAGUUUCUGGAGAGUUUAAGUUAUAAUAUGUAUGUAAUUAUUUUCGAUAUCCUUUUGUUUUUUCAAUAAAUAAAGUUAUUACAUUACAA